GUUUUUUCAUGUGUGUACCUCUCUCACCCAAGAAAGAGGACCAACUCUAGAGAGAGAACCAGAAAGAACAAGAAAACAGCGCAGGAGAAAGAAAUGAAACUCCUGGUUACUUGCUGAUUAGGUCUAUAUUUCCCACCAAACAAACAGACACACAAAUCGUGGCUCUUUUAGGUCUUAUUAAGGUUCUUCCUGUAAAAACGAUCGAUACGGAUUUCCAAGGGUUUGAAACUGAGGGUUUGAUCGGAACACCGAUUUUUCUUUGAAUUCAAAGCGCAUAAGAUUUAGGGUUUCUUUUGAUGCAAUGAAGGCAAUGGAGACCUUGCAAGAUCUAAUCGAAGAAGCAAAGGUUCGAACAGUUUGGUGGGCUCUUUGUAUCUUCGCGAUAUCUUACUUCUUGACAAACACAAGUAAAUCAAUGUGGAUGAAUAUUCCUAUAUCAAUCCUCUUGGUUUCUGCAUUGCGGAUUUUACUUAAUGAGGUGGAGUUCCGUUGGAAGGUCCGGAAAGUUCAUAAACAAACAUAUUUGUCACAUUUAGAGAAGAAGCAAUUGUCUGUGAAUGACUCUCGUCUUUCUACAAUGCCACCCCCGCCAAAAUGGAAGAGGAAAAUUGACUCUCCUCUUGUUGAGGCUGCAAUGGAGGAGUUUAUUAACAAGCUUUUGAAAGAUUUUGUGGUAGAUUUGUGGUAUUCAGAUAUCACACCCGACAAGGAGGCCCCUGAGCUAAUACAUGCAAUAAUAAUGGAUGUUCUUGGUGAAAUAUCUGGAAGAAUCAAAGAGAUAAACCUUGUUGACUUGUUGACAAGGGAUAUAGUUGACUUAGUAGGCGAUCAUCUAGACCUUUUCAGAAGAAACCAAGCUGCUAUUGGUGUGGACGUUAUGGGAACCCUGUCGUCAGAAGAGAGGGAUGAAAGAUUGAAACAUCAUCUUAUGGAUUCUAAGGAGCUUCACCCUGCAUUGAUAUCUCCAGAGUGUGAGUACAAGGUUCUUCAGCAGCUUAUUGGUGGAAUGAUAGCUACAGUGCUAAGACCACGAGAAUCCCAGUGCCCCCUUGUUCGAUGCAUUGCACGAGAGCUUGUAACUUGCUUGGUGAUGCAACCAGUUAUGAAUUUUGCAAGCCCUGGGUACAUUAACGAGUUGAUUGAAUACAUUUUCCUUGCUAAUAAAGAUGAUGAGAGUAAAGAUGUAGGUGAUUAUCAGUCACCUAAUUUAAUGGAUCAUAAACAUGACCGUGCUGUUGCUGCAUAUGGUGUAGAAAAUGGUGAAUCUACUUCGAGGAAAAACGCAUCUUCCUACAAUCAAGGCACUGAUACGAUGUUGUCUAGAACAGAAAAUCAGAGAGAUACAACCUUCAAUGCUUCAGGAAAUUCCUUUUCUAAUACAGUUUGUGAAGAACUUGCGCAGCCACGGGCAGCUGACUGGGCACGAGUGCUGGAUGCAGCAACCCAGAGAAGAACAGAAGUUCUUAUGCCUGAAAACCUCGAGAACUUGUGGACCAAAGGAAGAAACUAUAAAAAGAAGGCUCAGAAGAAUGCUAAAGCAGGACUUCAGGCACCUUUUACAAAAGGCUCAGAAAUAAACAAGGCAAUACCUACAAAAAGUUCGGGUAAAGAAGUGUCAAUGCACAGGCCUGAAAUUCUUACUGGAAUGGAAGAUAAAGCUCUGUUGCAGUUACCACCAAGGUCGCGCCCAGUUUCUCAACAAAGUGAUGGGAACUAUGAUGGGGCACAUGUGUCUCAGAAUCUGAACAAGAAUCCAUCUUCCGAGAGGGGGUGUCUUGAUGAUAAAUUGGAGGAUUUCACUUCUCUCACUGCUAAUGGAAGGCUUAAAAGAUCAAAUAGCACUUCUGCUUUAAAAGUUGAACCUAAUAUGGAUAAAGCAGUCACAGGUGAUGGUGGUGGAUCCAUUAUCACAGAGUUCUACAGCCCAGAUUUUGACAGACGAGUGCAUAGCAUUACAAGUGCUACGAAUAUGGUGUCCUGUGAUGACGGAUUACAUGGCCCAAAGCUUAGGUGCCGGGUUAUAGGAGCAUACUUUGAGAAACUUGGGUCAAAAUCUUUUGCAGUUUAUUCAAUUGCAGUGACAGAUGCAGAUAAAAACACUUGGUUUGUGAAAAGAAGGUACAGGAAUUUUGAGAGGUUGCAUCGACAUCUUAAGGAAAUUCCUAAUUAUACAUUACACUUGCCACCCAAAAGGAUAUUCUCCUCGAGCACAGAGGAUGCUUUUGUUCAUCAGCGCUGCAUUCAGCUUGACAAAUAUCUGCAAGAUCUCUUGUCAAUAGCUAACGUUGCUGAACAACAUGAAGUGUGGGAUUUUUUGAGUGAUUCCUCAAAGAACUACUCGUUUGGAAAAUCUUCCUCGGUGAUGAGAACUCUAGCAGUGAAUGUGGAUGAUGCUAUGGAUGAUAUAGUACGUCAAUUCAAAGGGGUUUCAGAUGGCUUAGUGCGGAAAGUCGUUGGCUCAACUUCCUCUCAGUAUGAGGCAGCUUCUUCAAUUUCAUACAGGAACCUGUCAAUUAAUGCAGAUGAGACAAAUAAACACGUUUCAUGGCAAAAUUCCGCAGAAUCAGCAAAAAGCUUUUCUGACCUUGAGGAAGGUGAUAAUAAUGAGACCCAUGACCAUGAGGAAGUAGGGUCUAGUGCACAAGCUAAUGGGUGGCAUUCCGACAAUGAGUUGAACUCGAGGGGGUUCCCUCCUCGGGUGGUUAAACGCGGUGUAGAUUUGAGAAUUUUAAAUUCCGAGAAGGAACAUAAAUCAGAGAUGAUAUCCAAAUCAAUCUGCCUGGGCGAGUUGGCAAGUUCCCUGGUCACCUCUGAUCGCCUGGAGGAUCCGGUUGAAGUUCCACCAGAGUGGACACCACCAAAGUUAAGCGUACCUGUGUUGAAUUUAGUUGAUAAGAUGUUUCAGCUUAAGAGAAGAGGCUGGCUAAGAAGACAGGUGUUUUGGAUAUCAAAACAAAUAUUGCAGUUAAUGAUGGAAGAUGCCAUUGACGACUGGCUCUUGAGGCAAAUUCAGUGUCUCCGCAGGGAAGAUAUUAUUGCUCAAGGGAUUCGGUGGGUCCAAAAUGUUCUCUGGCCUGAUGGCACCUUUUUUCUGAAAUUAACUACUCAAAGUGAAGUGGAUGAUUGUCAACCUAACCAGAGAUUAUUCCAAGACACAAGCCACUCAACUGGCAGUAGGGUCUAUAAACCCGGGUCUUUUGAGCAAAAACUUGAGGCGGCUCGUAGAGCUAGUGAUGUCAAGAAGAUGAUCUUCAAUGGAUCUCCAACUGCUCUGGUCAGCUUGAUAGGGCAGAAGCAGUACAAGCGUUGUGCAAAAGACAUAUAUUAUUUCCUCCAGUCUGAAGUCUGUUUGAAGCAACUUGCAUAUGGAAUACUUGAAUUGAUACUCAUAUCAGUCUUCCCCGAGCUGCGGGAUCUCCUGCUGGAUGUUCACAAGAAGAUGCGUGUUAAACCUGUAUAGGCAGUUGACGAGUUUUAACUUUUUUCACAUACAGCUACUCCAUUCGAGAUUGGGAUGAUUAACUUCCCAACUAUAAUGAGGCUCAAAAUGUCGUCUUAAUUCAAGUUUUGCCAAGGUCACAUGAUUUUCGCCCGUUAGUUUCCACGGGUUUUACUGGCUUUCUUUUCCUUUUUUUUUUUUUUUCUGUUUUUUUUUUUUUUUUUUUUUUUUUUUUUUUUUUUUUUUUUUUCACCCCGAUCCAGUAGUGUUCAUUUUACAAACGACGGGAUCCAUCUCUAAAAGUGUGUAAAUUUUUCUCUGGUAUGUUGAUAACACCUUCCCUCUCUGCCUCUCAUUCUAAGUGUGUACAGAAAAUCUACAUUUACAAUCUGUACAGAAGUCAUCUUUGGUGUAACACUAUCUACUCCAGCAGUUGACCUGGAUUUUGCAUCGAUUUGUGUGGUUAAUUGUUGGAGGGAGAGUGAAAGAAUUCACAAGCAGUUAUAGUCUCUCUUCUUUCA